ACACUAGGGGGAAACAGGUGGGAGCCAAAUGGAGCAUGACAGACCACUGUAAUCUAUAGAUACAUAGCUACAUGGAUAUAAAGACUUGAAACAUUAAUCAAUCCUUAUAAUAUACUCAAAACUAACUAAACUAAAUUAACAAGAUGAAUGAAUUAAUGUAAGAACUUACUCAAAGACCAAUACCGAAAACCCUAAAGAAAGGCAUUAAAGCGCAAAUCAACAAAAUAGCUGUCUCUUAAAUGAGGACAUGACCAUAGAGGCACAUUAAACCACGUCGCCCUGUCUUCUGCACUUAGCUGCGUCACACACAGAUUAAUUCAGGACCUAAUGGUACCGUCGCAAUGGAGCCUGGGUUCAUUUAUCAAAGCAUUGGGCUGUGUGAGUAAUGGGAUUUCUAAAUAUGGCAUGUACACAGACCAUGACACGUUACAGGAGAACAAAACGUGUGAGAGAGAUUGAGAGAGAAAAAUCAGGGAGAUGAUUUGGUGGCGUGUGCAGAUCCGGAAUAUAAAACACUGAAGUCAGCACCCACCCCCCCCCACCUCAUCAGCAGCAGUAUGGGUCGACUCUGUGCUGCAUUUUGCCACCUCCCCCUCCCCACCAUUCGACAACCCUUCUCCCUCCUUUCGCUCUCUCUCUCUCUCUACCUCCUCUCACAGACAUCCCUGAAUCAGGCGGGCAGCUAGCAGCAGCAGAGGCUAUCCAGGGCUGCAAACUCUCUGCAUGAACAUGCCUGGAACAAAUGAAAGGCAGGGAAACGGCUAAGAGAGACUCUAAACCAAAGUAACUCUCGGCUGCCAAUGAGAGGAAAAGGAGGGUGUGGGUAGAAGAGGGGAAGCAAGAGCGAAAGGGGACAGGAGCAUGAGACAGUGAAGACUAAACGUGGACCCUGCUGUCAUACAAGACUGGGAAAACAUAAAGACACCAAGCAAUCAAAGCCACCUUCUGCUGCUCUAGAAAAAGGGGGAGCAGGAAAGAGAGGUCAGAACGGACAACGACAUGUUCAGAAAGUAAUGGAAGGGAUCAGACCAACCCACGCCACACCUGCCUCCAUGCCGACUAACCUGUUGCUCCUUCUUCUGUUCGGGGUGCGUGUGAUGGCCAUCUGCCCACCAAUGUGCACCUGUAGCAGAGGCCAUAGAGCUGUGGACUGCUCUGCACGAGGGUUGGCUAUACUUCCAGACAGCCUGCAGCACAACAUUCAUUUUCUCAACCUGUCACAUAACCGCCUCCAAGAUCUUGAUGGACUCCUCAACCAUUUUGACCAUUUAAGAACUCUGGACAUCUCAUACAACCAUCUGCACCACCUUCCUGUUGGUUUGCCAAGAGCACUUUGGGAUAUACGUGCCUCUGGAAACUACAUCCGUCAACUGGAGAAGAACGACACGGUCUACCACUGGAACCUUCAGAAUUUGGACUUGUCACACAACUUGCUGGAACGAGUGGUCUUAAUUAACAACACAUUGUCAAACCUCCAAUCUCUCAACCUUAGCCAUAACAAAUUUUGGACUGUGCCAACAAACAUGCCCCAUAAUUUGGAGAUGGUGGACCUCUCUCACAACUACUUGCUGCAGAUCUUGCCUGGCUCACUGGAACGCCUACCCAAACUGUCGAGAUUCUACCUGCAUGCUAAUCGUUUUACCUCACUGAGCGAGGGUGUCUUCGAUCAACUUGAUGGACUGCAGCUCCUCACACUUGGAGACAAUCCUUGGGCUUGUGAGGAUGAGGAGAAUAUAAACCAUCUGCUGACCUGGAUGCAACAGACUCCUGCAAAGAUCUUAGGCUGUCCCUGCUACACAAGACCCACAUGUGGAGAAGCCCACCUGGCCACUAGAAGAACCUGGCACUCGGCUGCAUUCACAGAGCCGCCCCUGGGUGCUGACGCUCGUCAUCCUGGCCAUCGAGCGCCAAUGCAGUGAAAGAGGCGAAUAUGGCUUUCAAACCUCAAAUCCUACUACUACUACUACUACUACCACCACUACUAGUAGAUGCAAUGGAUACAACUAUCACGUCAAACACACCAGACCCAUCAGGCACCACUAGCACACCAAUCAACACGGGGACAACAAGCUACGCAACAAGCAAUAUGGGCGUAACAACCAACACGGACAUGACAAGUAGCACGGGCGUAACGGCCAACACGGGCGUAACGGCCAACGCGGGCGUAACGAGCAACGCGGGCGUAACGAGCAACGCGGGCGUAACGAGCAACGCACGGGCGCAACGAGCAGCACGGGCGUAACGACCAGCGCGGGCGCAACGAGCAACGCGGGCGCAGCGAGCAGCACAGGCGUAACGACCAACGCGGGCGCAACGACCAACGCGGGCGCAACGACCAACGCGGGCGCAACGAGCAACGGGGGCGCAACGAGCAACGGGGGCGCAACGAGCAACGCGGGCGCAGCGAGCAGCACGGGUGUAACGACCAACUCAGGCGCAACGAGCAACGCGGGCGCAACGAGCAAAUCGACUACCAGCACCACCACAAAAACCACUACUUCUUUUGCAGCAUCUCUGUUACCAAUGGGACUGCCUGGACUUCUGUUCUACACUACUGUGGUUCUCAAAAUCUUCCAGCUGAUCUGAUUAUCAAAUCAUUUAAAACCUACAGGGAGAGGGUCUGCACAAAUUGCAAGCACUUUAACGUCAGACUGUCAGAAAUAAUGAUACUUAUGUAACUUAUAAAUACCUUAUUGCUUUAAAAAUCUAGAAAACAUAUGAAGACUUAAAGAAUAAAGAUGAAAAACCUGUGUUUACCAACAA